AUGUCCGUGCGCUGCAGUCACCUCCUCAUCAAGCAUUCUGGCUCUCGCAACCCGGUAAGCCGUAGGACGCAGGCGGCGGUAACGCGUUCUCGGGCUGAGGCUUUGCAGCAGCUCGUGGGUUUGCUGCAACAGCUGCAGCAGGUGCAGCAGCAGGAGGAACAACAGCGCCUCUUCGCCGCUCUGGCGCAGCAACACAGCGACUGUGGCUCCUUUGCGCGGGGAGGAGACCUGGGUUUCUUCAGCAAAGGCCAAAUGCAAAAGCCCUUCGAGGCGGCAGCCUUUGCCUUACAAGUAGGGGAGCUCAGUGGCGUUGUCGAGUCCGAUAGCGGACUGCAUCUGAUCCUCAGACUGGCGUAGUCACAGCCUGCCGCUGACUGUAGCAGUAACGGUGCGGGGAGGAAGAAGGGAGCUGUCGUGCGUGUUGUUUUCGAGGUCUACGGAAAGGUGCAGGGAGUCUUUUUCCGUGUACACACGGAGAAGGAGGCAAAGCGUUUGGGCUUGGUAGGAUACGUGCUAAAUACCGCUAAAGGAACCGUGAAGGGGGAAGCUCAGGGGUCUUCUUCCGCCGUCGCUUCUCUGUUGCAGUGGCUAGGGGAAAAAGGCAGCCCGCAGAGCAUUCCCGAGAAGGUGGAGGUGCUGCAGAGAACCAGCAUUGAAGCUUUAACGUACGACGACUUCACGAUCCAACGUGGGCGCCAUUAG